AUGCAAAACCAACCACCAAGGCUACCGCAGGGAUUUAUUCGUGAUAUUUCUAUGAUUCAAUGCUACAAUUGCCAAGCAAUGGGGCAUUAUAGCCUCGACUGCCCGAAACCACAGUGGGAGAGGCCUCGAGUGAAUGGAAGUCAACCACCUCAACAAUUCGGACAGACUGGUUUUGCUAAUCAAAAUCACGGUGGGCCUGAACAUCAGAACAACAAACAAUUCCAACCUCAGCAACACAAUUGGAAAGGGAAGCAGCCGAUGGAAACUCAACAGAAUGCUAGAGGGUGUGUCUUUGCCUUACAGGCUGAGCAGGAAGAACAGGAUCUUACUUGUGUACAAGCUUUAUUUGAUUCAGGACCAUCACCCUCGUUUAUAUCUACCGCCUGCGUAUCUGCACUAGGAUUAGAAAUAGAACCCCUAAAAUCAAGCAUGAUGGUAGCAUCACCUUUGGGUGGGAAGUUAGCUGUUAAUCUAAUUUGUAAAGGGCGUGAGAUAGAGGUAGCUGAUCUGCGUCUAUCCUAUGACUUCCGAGGGAUCGAUAUGGCUGACUUCGAUAUAAUUUUGGGAAUGGACUGGUUGUCAUCCCACCGAGUUGUCAUAGACUGCCACCAGAAAAUGGUGACGGCUUACACUCCUGACGGAACUUGCAUCAAAUUUAAGGGAAAUAGACAAACUCCGAAAUCCACGACAAGACGAACAAGGUGGCAGUACCAACUUUUUGGAUGGCUCGCUAGCCUCAAGUUGGAAAAAACUGAUCAAAUGGAGCUGGGACUACCCCACAUUGUCUACGAGUAUGCAGACGUAUUUCCUGAAGAACUUCCUGGGUUGCCACCACAGUGA